AUGACUUUUCUGUUGAUGGGAGUGCUGAAACUUUCGCUGAUUAUUGGCGGUACAUAUUUUGUUGUGUCCAGAAGUAUCUCAUUGAAAACCAGAACGCUUACAGUAGAAGAGGUUUACAAAGAUCGCGACCAAUUCGCUGCGCUGGUACGCGAGGUAGCCGCACCUGAUGUCGGCCGCAUGGGCAUUGAAAUACUCUCAUUCACCAUCAAGGAUGUCUACGAUGAUGUGCAAUAUCUGGCAUCGUUGGGCAAGGCGCAAACGGCGAGCGUGAAGCGUGACGCUGAUGCGGGUGUGGCCGAAGCCAAUCGAGAUGCCGGCAUACGCGAAGCUGAAUGUGAGAAGAGCGCCAUGGAUGUGAAAUAUUCCACGGACACCAAAAUCGAGGAUAAUUCGCGUAUGUAUAAAUUGCAAAAGGCCAACUUUGAUCAGGAGAUCAAUACAGCGAAAGCUGAAUCGCAACUGGCAUACGAAUUGCAAGCAGCAAAGAUACGACAGAGAAUACGUAACGAAGAAAUACAAAUCGAAGUUGUCGAACGUCGCAAGCAAAUCGAAAUCGAAGCGCAAGAAGUGCAGCGGAAGGAGCGCGAACUAAUGGCUACCGUUAAACUGCCAGCCGAAGCGGAGUCACAUCGUGUGCAGACAAUAGCGCAGGGUAAACAGUGUCAGACAAUUGAAGCGGCACGCGCAGAUGCCGAAAAGAUACGUAAAAUUGGUUCAGCCGAAGCUCAUGCCAUUGAGCUUGUCGGCAAAGCAGAGGCGGAACGCAUGCGUAUGAAGGCACAUGUCUACAAACAGUAUGGCGACGCUGCCAUCAUGAAUAUUGUGCUCGAAUCUCUGCCUAAGAUCGCUGCCGAAGUAGCUGCCCCACUCGCCAAGACCGAUGAGAUCGUACUCAUUGGCGGCAACGAUAACAUAACCAACGAUGUUACACGCCUAGUAGCACAAUUGCCACCGUCCAUUAAUGCAAUCACCGGCGUCGAUUUGUCGAAAGUAUUAUCCAAAAUACCCGGAGCCAAGGCGUGAAAUUCAAUGCAACACUCAAGCAUGCAAACGCCUCAAGAUGCCCGAACGAUGAUGUUGAUGACAUAAAGAUGAAAACGUUAAAUGGAACAAGUUGGAAAAUGAUAACCGAAACACAAAACAAAAGAAAUAUUAUGAUAUAAUAAUAAAUGACACAAAUUAUGACGAAAAAUGGAGAAGAAGAAAGUGCUAAACAUAAACGAAUUAUAAAAUAAAAUGAAAAUUAUACAAACACAAUUACAAAAACAACAAAAGGAAAGCUAAAUUUUAGCACGAUGUUCAGAAAUCAAUAAGGAAAAGUAACAGUUCAAUCUAAGCAAAGAUAAAUAUUAAAAACGAAAGGAAAAUAAAAAAUUGGAUAAAAGAGUAAAAAUAUACACAAAACUAAAAGCGUACUCUGGCUUAAGCGUCUAUUUUGCAUUGAAUUAGUAAUCUAAAUAUACUCGCCUCCUUAAUAUAAAUGUACAACACACUUUUAUACAAGCAAGCAUAUACAAUCUUACAUAGUAUCUUUAUAUGUACAUAUGUAUAUUUAAAAAGAAUUUAAAUUAUUUAGAAAAACGUUCUAGACACAAACGUAACUACAAUAAAGUUUCUACAAAUGUUCGCAAAUUUCCUUUAUAACUACAGUACUGCGUAAAAAGGGAAACUAAAUAAAUAAAAAUUAGUUUUUACAAAACUGACUGGUAAAAAAAAUAUGUGUAUAUCUAUAUAACUCUCUUCCGUUUCAUAGCCGCAUACAAGCAUUGUAAAUGAACUAUAUUCUUGUCUCAGUGUCUCCCAAUCAAAAGAAAUAUGAACAACUUUCUCAAUUAAAAGUAUUCAAAGUUAACAAUAUACUCUUUGUAAUUUAGUUUUGUAUGUGUAACUUUUGAAUUAACAAUAAUGAAAAAAGUGUUUGACUUAGCAAAAGUAAAAAAAAAUAUAUAUGACAACACUUGAAGCCAGUUCUGAACAAUUUACUGCUGCCAUUUUCAAAAUUGUUAAUAUUUUCUCGAUUUACAUUACACUAUGUAUAACUUUUUAAAAUUUUUCAAAUUUACAAUUAAAAAUAAUAAUAAUUGAAAUAAAAUAAAAUAAUAAAUUAAAAAGUUGUUGUAUUAGCAAGUGUUUAGCUUGAUAUUUUAUAUAGUACAUAAACACUGCAGAUAUAUUACAUAGUCUUCUGAAAGUUCACUCGAAGCACAUGUUUAUAGAUAUUACAUACACAUAUAUUUGGAAAAAAAUACAGGAAAGCAGCAGCUCUGCAAUGAAUAUGCGUUUCAGAACAUCACAUUUAUUAUAAGUCUAUACUUUAUCAAAACAAUUUAAUGAUACGCUUUCUUUCACAGUUUACGCUGCUUAAACUUGUGUCAUGAAAUCGAUAGCUCAAUUUCAAAAACUCGUAAGCUAUUAAUUACAAAAUAAACUGUGUAGACACAGACUUCUCCACCGAAUUGAACAGUGCAAUAGUAAAACGUUCACUUAGUAAGAAAAAAUAGUGCUUAUUUGGACAACCAAUCAAAUUAAAAGAUAAGUUAUAUGAGUUUAUUUUAAUACACUUUCGGUACCAUUUUGCAGUUAAUAACGCUAGAACAAAAACGUCAAACCGAUUGUAUUCUGGAUCUGUCUAUUAAAAGCAAAUAAAUGUUCCUUGAAAAAUCAUACAAGUUGUUUGUAGGCAUUACACAAAAAUGCCCAAUAACGGAAUUCAGUUUAACAUUUAAGCUUUAGCUACAAAUUUACAAAAUCAGUUCGCAAAGCAAUUUAUCACAUUUAGAACGCAUCAAAUUCCAAAAAAUUAAGUGAGCUGUCCUGCUGACACUGUCUGUUCAAUACGCCAUGCAAUAGUUGAAAUAAUAAUUU